GUGGUGUCGCCGAGCUUGGCUUGAUUCUGACGGACUGUCAGACAGACGACCACCUGUGAAGGAGGACCGGAACCGUCACUGUGUCGUGACACUGAAACGGACUCCGAAACCCGCGCGAAGGAAGCGUCUCCGUGGAGCGUCGUUGUUCGCCUGGGUCACGUGCAGGAGCGCUAAGAGUCACGGCGGAGCUCUGCCUCUGAGUUUGCCUCCCGCUGUGACGCCAAAGCGUGGAAGUGACUUCAGCUCGUCCCCGUGUGACGCUGAACGCAGUGGCGGGAGGACCAUGUUUCCGGUGGAUCUGCUGAGGGAUGUCGGCCACGGGCAGUUGGAAGAGUCGGCCGACAGCUACAUGGCCAGGCUGCUGCUGAACAUCAGCGACUCUCUGGAGCAGAUCGCUGUGUCGGUCUCCUCCAAGGUGGCCGUCGACCUCUCCAGCGUGGGCUUCGCCCCGCUCUACGGCGUGGACGCCAAACACCGGAUCCUGGCCCUCUUCUCUCCCACCGACCCCUUCACUGUGGUGGCGCUGUACCUGCUGGAUCGAUGGUGGACAGUGGAGGACAUCCUCAGAACCAGUGACCUCAGUCGAGACGGAGCAGUGAAGGUGGAGACUGUGGUGGACAGGAUCGUCCUGUACGUCCUGAACCGUGUGGUCUACAGAGCCACUGAGAUGAACCCUAAAGAGGAGCUUCCCUUCCUCUGCCACGGAGAGAAGGACUUUGCAAAGAUCUGCUGGAGCAACGGAGAGGCUGUGGGCUUCUAUUCAGCCAAACCCACAGGCAGCUUGUGCAAUGCUCCCUUCGGCAGGAGCUUCCAGCUUCCUGUCAUGGACUCCAUCUUCGUCCGCAAGUUCCAUCGGCGGAAGGGAUUGGGUCUGAAGAUGCUGGAGGACUUUGUGCUCAGCUUCAGCGAGGACUGUCUGGGGCUGAGGUACCCGCUGACUCACGUCAUGUUCAAAGUGUGUGAGAAGUACCUGAGCCGGUACCCGGGGGACAAGGCUCUGCUGUGGGAGGUGGAGGGUGCGGGGGAACACACCCAGCGCAGCAGCAUCGCCAGCAGGAUCCACAGCCGUAUGGAAACAGCCGUGUCCAGAAGUCUCCUCACAGAGUUGAACGACGCCCAGAGGCCCUCAGAAGCUGGGGCAGUGAGGUGCUCCUUUGAACUGACGGAGGAAAGAACUACAGUCAAGACGGGCAAAGGUCAAGCCACGCUCACCACUGUGAGCGUGAGCACGAAGAAAGUGGGAGACGAGGUGACGGAGGAAACGUCAGAAAAAGUGAUCAGAAUCGAACGGAUUGAAGCUGAAUCUUCAGAUGAGCACGUGUGUGUGCAGCAGCGAGAGACCACUUCGAUAGCCUCUAGUGGCGAUGAAGAGGAUGAUCAGGCGGAGGAAGACGCAGCACUCAGCCUCCAACCAGAUGCUGAGCUCAAAGGAACUGAGCUGGCACACGCGUGUGGGACGGAGGAGGACGCCCAGGAUACUGUCAUGGUGGUGAUCUCAGAAGAGGUUCAUGAUGAAUCUGAGGCAACACGUCCUGAGAGUCGGACCACAGAUCUGGUCUCUGAGGAGGAGUCAGCUCCCAGAGUUACUGAGGGGAGCAGCCAGGAAGCCACGCUGGAGGGAAGUCUAGAAGCAGAUGCUGCGCCUCCCUUCUCAGAUGAGCUGCAGGCCACAUCUGAUGAGGUUGAUGGAGAAGGAGAGGAGCCCCCUGCCAGGGUUCGGUGGAGCAGAAGUAGAAAAUCUCAGAGAAGAAAGAGACAGAAGCCAAUCCAUGACAGCAAACUUGACGAGGUUCAUCCUGAAGCUGACUCAACCUGCUGUGGAAAGCAAGUGGCAUCCAGUGAGGAGCAUCGCCUCCCUGACCUCCAGAGAGUUAGUGUGGUUUUGGUGGACCUGAGAAUCCAGCAAGACGUUGGCCAGGGAACCGUGGAGUCUGCUGUACUUGAGUCUAAUCUCAGAGACCCAUGUUCUCACCCACCUGAAGCAGUGCCACAGCAGGAGGAUGGAGAAGACAGAAGUAAAGAUCAAGAAGAAAGUGCUGCGACACACUCCGGAAGAGUCAAGAGAGCAGAGGAACAGGCUGAAGACAGAGAGGAGGACGAAGUUAUGGAAUCUUCCCGGAUGGGCGACGUCGCGCAAGAACGGGUUGGUGAGGAGCAUGCAGAAGAACCUGCUGAGGACCAAGGGACUGAGCCGGACACCGCAGAGGGUGGCACAGUGUCCACGGUCAAUGAAGGGACUUGUUUGAGUGGAGAGGCUGAGGAACUGCUCAGUCAAGAUGUUGGAGAGCCUCUGGUCAUGGAGGCAGAUUCACUCACAGCCUAUGAAGAUGAGGUGCAUCAGUGCAUGGGGCGCACAGUGAGUGUGGUUCUGGUUGACCUAAACCCACAGCAGUCAAAUCAGGGGCUGACUCAGGAGAUGUGGGAGGAGGGAGCACCUAGCUCCUCUGCUGAAGAAGGAGCCGACAAGCUGCAGAGCAUGGAGAAAGUGAGUCUGAUAUUAGAUGAAGCUAAUGUGGUGACCCGACGUCUGAGGAGCAGUGGAAGAGUCACAACUGAAGCAGCAGAGGAAGAUGGUGAGGUCCAAGAAAGGGUCCUGAGGAAAGACAGGCGCUAUAAUCUGAGGACCCCGAAGCGAAGAUCUUACCGAGCCAGAAGACAAUGCCAGACAGAGCACCAGAGAUCAGACAGAGACCAACCAGUGGGAGAAACGUGUGAGGGUACAGCCUCGCUUCAAGCUGAGGAUGGAGAAGCACAGCACGUCGACACUGAGACGGUAGAAAACACGGCGACACCUGCACAGGACACAUCUGAAGCUCAAGUGGAGGAAACAGCUGUGGAGAACAGUGGGAAGCAUCAGAGCAGAGAGGAGUCCUCCCAGCCCUCUGACCUCCACAGUGACUGUGCAGCCUCCAUCCAGCAGGACGAGGAUGACGGUGGGCAAACAAGUGACACCACCGCAGAGAUAAACACAGCAGCUCCUGGAUCUGAUUCCAACCAGCCCAGCAGACAGAUCCAUGCAGAAGAGGUGGUGGACACGACAACGACGACGACUCAAGAAAUGGUGGAGAAGACAGAAAAUGAAGAUCCUGUAUCUGUGGCAUGUGAGGAUACGAGUGCUGAGGAGGAGGUGGGGAUUGUGGAUCAAUGUUCAGAUGAGCUGCAAGUGAAAGUAACCGGAUCAGAACCCUUGGAUCCAGAUGAACGAGGAGAUGAUGAAACACCAAACACUGUUGUCAGUCGUGAAGGGAGGGCAGUCGAGGCAGCACCAGGGAGUGUUGCCACUGGUGAGGAACCAGCUGAAGAGCUGCCCACAGAAGACCCUGGGGACGAGUCAGAACCAGCUGUCGUGAUGGAAAUAGACAUCAUUGUUGCUGAUUCCACAUCUGCUCAACUGGAGGAAGGCGACUUGGAUGGAGGCAAAGUUGGUUCAUCUGAAGAGUCAGAGGAUUCAGCAACCAAGGAAACGUCGAUAGACGAAGGAGAACACCAGCUUCAUCAUGAGGUUUGUGAUGCAGCACCUCUUCAAGAGAGGAGCCCAGAAGACCAGAGUGAUGAGGGAAGCCUGGCAGAUGCUGAGGGUCAGCAGGUCAAUGACAAGGUUGCAGAAGAGGAGGCCACAGAGGAACCUGAGGAGGCACCAAUUACUGCAACUCGAGUUCUGAGAAGUGGCAAGAAGAUAAAGAGAGCAGCAGCAGCCAGUCAGUCAGAUGAUGGAUCUGCACCGAGACGUGCAUCGAGAAGAGCAAGAAGACACACUGACAUAGACAGUGAGGACGAAGAAGGACAGGCUGAGGAGAAGAUUCCAGCAGACACGUCACUUCACAUGGUCCUAGAGGAGGACAAAAACUACGAGGAAUGUGAUGUUAAUCAGGAAGAGGAACUUGAGGAACCAGCGGUGAAGGAGAAUGAGGUUCAAGAACUUGCUGCGUCGACAAAUGAGGAGAAAGACACAACUUUGUUUGAACAACCAGAGGAACCCCAAACUGGGGAUGAAGAGCUCCCUCAGGUGGAAUCUGCUGACGUUCUGUCUGCAGAGAAGAGUGAGGACAUUGCUGUGGAGGAGACUGAAGACAAUGCCGAGCAUUGUGUGGAGCCAAACUCUGCAGAGCCAGAAGAGGAUGCAACAGAACAACCAGGACGUGACUCAGAUGAGUCUGACCCAACUGCGCAGGCAGCUGCUCAGGAGCUCCUGGAUGCUGAAGCUGGGCUGGAGCAGGUGGAGUCCCAGCAGAUGACAGAGACUCUUCCAGAGGAGGAGGUGUCUCCUGAAACUGGAAACUUGAGUGGUGAUGGGGUGGUCAUUUCUACAGCCAAACUGUCUGGAUCUGAAGAGGAACCUUCUCCUGAAGGAAGCUCGAAUGAACCAGAACCAACCAUCCAUCAGAAAGUCUCAGGGAGGAAAAGAAAGUCCCGUCAUGUGACACCAAGACGCAAAUCCUCAAGAGCCAAGCGACGACACCGAUCAGACGAAGAGGAGACAGAGGAGAUGGCUGAAGAUGUGGACGUCCCACAAGAAGCUCUGGUGGAUCAAGGAAACAUUGAAGAGGAACAGGCUCAAGAGGAUGUCGAGCACAGAGAGCAAGGCACAUCUGAGCUUCCGGAAACUGAAGCAGCUCCAGAACAAAUGGAAGAGAUGGCAGAAGAUACAGGUGAAACAGAUGAGGGUUUGGAGCCAGACAUGGAACACCAGCUUCUUCAAGAGAAGAGCCCAGAAAACCAGGGUGAUGAGGGAAGCCAGAAGGCAGAAGAGCAAGCACCAGCUACUGUUGCCGGAGCAGAUGCUGAGGGUCAGCAGGUCGAUGAAACGGUGGAUGACAAGGUUGCAGAAGAUGAGGCCACAGAAACAUCUGAGAAACCUGAGGAGACACCUAUUACUGCAACUCGAGUUCUGAGAAGUGGCAAGAAGAUAAAGAGAGCGGCAGCAGCCAGUCAGUCAGAUGAUGGAUCUGCACCGAGACGUGCAUCGAGAAGAGCAAGAAGACACACUGACAUAGACAGUGAGGACGAAGAAGGACAGGCUGAGGAGAAGAUUCCAGCAGACACGUCACUUCACAUGGUCCAAGAGGAGGACAAACACUACGAGGAAUGUGAUGUUAAUCAGGAAGAGGAACUUGAGGAACCAGCGGUGAAGGAGAAUGAGGUUCAAGAACUUGCUGCGUCGACAAAUGAGGAGAAAGACACAACUUUGUUUGAACAACCAGAGGAACCCCAAACUGGAGAUGAAGAGCUCCCUCAGGUGGAAUCUGCUGACGUUCUGUCUGCAGAGAAGAGUGAGGACAUUGCUGUGGAGGAGACUGAAGACAAUGCCGAGCAUUGUGUGGAGCCAGAAGAGGAUGCAACAGAACGACCAGGACGUGAGUCAGAUGAGUCUGACCCAACUGCGCAGGCAGCUGCUCAGGAGCUCCUGGAUGCUGAAGCUGGGCUGGAGCAGGUGGAGUCCCAGCAGAUGACAGAGACUCUUCCAGAGGAGGAGGUGUCUCCUGAAACUGGAAACUUGAGUGGUGAUAGGGUGGUCAUUUCUACAGCCAAACUGUCUGGAUCUGAAGAGGAACCUUCUGCUGAAGGAAGCUCGAAUGAACCAGAACCAACCAUCCAUCAGAAAGUCUCAGGGAGGAAAAGAAAGUCCCGUCGUGUGACACCAAGACGCAAAUCCUCAAGAGCCAAGCGACGACACCGAUCAGACGAAGAGGAGACAGAGGAGAUGGCUGAAGAUGUGGACGUCCCACAAGAAGCUCUGGUGGAUCAAGGAAACAUUGAAGAGGAACAGGCUCAAGAGGAUGUCGAGCACAGAGAGCAAGGCACAUCUGAGCUUCCGGAAACUGAAGCAGCUCCAGAACAAAUGGAAGAGAUGGCAGAAGAUACAGGUGAAACAGAUGAGGGUUUGGAGCCAGACAUGGAACACCAGCUUCUUCAAGAGAAGAGCCCAGAAAACCAGGGUGAUGAGGGAAGCCAGAAGGCAGAAGAGCAAGCACCAGCUACUGUUGCCGGAGCAGAUGCUGAGGGUCAGCAGGUCGAUGAAACGGUGGAUGACAAGGUUGCAGAAGAUGAGGCCACAGAAACAUCUGAGAAACCUGAGGAGACACCUAUUACUGCAACUCGAGUUCUGAGAAGUGGCAAGAAGAUAAAGAGAGCGGCAGCAGCCAGUCAGUCAGAUGAUGGAUCUGCACCGAGACGUGCAUCGAGAAGAGCAAGAAGACACACUGACAUAGACAGUGAGGACGAAGAAGGACAGGCUGAGGAGAAGAUUCCAGCAGACACGUCACUUCACAUGGUCCAAGAGGAGGACAAACACUACGAGGAAUGUGAUGUUAAUCAGGAAGAGGAACUUGAGGAACCAGCGGUGAAGGAGAAUGAGGUUCAAGAACUUGCUGCGUCGACAAAUGAGGAGAAAGACACAACUUUGUUUGAACAACCAGAGGAACCCCAAACUGGAGAUGAAGAGCUCCCUCAGGUGGAAUCUGCUGACGUUCUGUCUGCAGAGAAGAGUGAGGACAUUGCUGUGGAGGAGACUGAAGACAAUGCCGAGCAUUGUGUGGAGCCAGAAGAGGAUGCAACAGAACGACCAGGACGUGAGUCAGAUGAGUCUGACCCAACUGCGCAGGCAGCUGCUCAGGAGCUCCUGGAUGCUGAAGCUGGGCUGGAGCAGGUGGAGUCCCAGCAGAUGACAGAGACUCUUCCAGAGGAGGAGGUGUCUCCUGAAACUGGAAACUUGAGUGGUGAUGGGGUGGUCAUUUCUACAGCCAAACUGUCUGGAUCUGAAGAGGAACCUUCUCCUGAAGGAAGCUCGAAUGAACCAGAACCAACCAUCCAUCAGAAAGUCUCAGGGAGGAAAAGAAAGUCCCGUCGUGUGACACCAAGACGCAAAUCCUCAAGAGCCAAGCGACGACACCGAUCAGACGAAGAGGAGACAGAGGAGAUGGCUGAAGAUGUGGACGUCCCACAAGAAGCUCUGGUGGAUCAAGGAAACAUUGAAGAGGAACAGGCUCAAGAGGAUGUCGAGCACAGAGAGCAAGGCACAUCUGAGCUUCCGGAAACUGAAGCAGCUCCAAAACAAAUGGAAGAGAUGGCAGAAGAUACAGGUGAAACAGAUGAGGGUUUGGAGCCAGACAUGGAACACCAGCUUCUUCAAGAGAAGAGCCCAGAAAACCAGGGUGAUGAGGGAAGCCAGAAGGCAGAAGAGCAAGCACCAGCUACUGUUGCCGGAGCAGAUGCCGAGGGUCAGCAGGUCGAUGAAACGGUGGAUGACAAGGUUGCAGAAGAUGAGGCCACAGAAACAUCUGAGAAACCUGAGGAGACACCAAUUACUGCAACUCGAGUUCUGAGAAGUGGCAAGAAGAUAAAGAGAGCGGCAGCAGCCAGUCAGUCAGAUGAUGGAUCUGCACCGAGACGUGCAUCGAGAAGAGCAAGAAGACACAGUGACAUAGACAGUGAGGACGAAGAAGCACAGGCUGAGGAGAAGAUUCCAGCAGACACGUCACUUCACAUGGUCCAAGAGGAGGACAAAAACUAUGAGGAAUGUGAUGUUAAUCAGGAAGAGGAACCAGUGGUGGAGGAGAAUGAGGUUCAAGAACUUGCUGCGUCAACAAGUGAGGAGGACACAAGAGAGCAAAAAACAACUGAGGUUCAGGAAACUGAAGCAGCUCCAGAAGAGAUGGAAGAGAUGGCAGAAGAUACAGGUGAAACAGAGGAGGGUUUGGAGCCAGACCUGGAACGUCUGGAGGACCACCUUGUUGAGCAGUCCUCAGAGAUCCUUGAGCAGAAAUCACCAGAAAAAGUAGAAGAUAUUGAACCCGUUCACGGAUCAGAAAAGACGGAUGGAGAUGGGAGCGUGAGUGAAGAUCACAGCUCGAGUGAGUCCGAGGUCGAGGAGUUACUGGUCAUCAGUGAGAGGAGUCUGAGAGGGAGGGUGAUCCCCUCGGUGGUCCUCAGUCCCAGCCAUAAAUUCAGAGCAGAACCAGAAGAGACUUCAGCCGACCACAGGUCGGUGAGGAGGAGUCCACGCAAGAGGAAAAGCUCGGUCUCCGCUCCUGUCAGGCGCAAGCGGCCCAGCAGGGUGGAGCAUUAGCACCGGCUGCCGUGGUGCUGAGCUGCUCUGAGCCCAGAUACUCAGAAGAUAUUUCCACCAUCAACAUCAGACCCACACAGGCUUUUCCACGCAGGACCUGCUGACUUCCAUGAAAUGGGACUGAACUGCAUCUUAACCCUUGAAUUGACAGUUGCAUCUGGACUGUCGUGAAACAUGCUAGACUUGUGAUUGUCUCAGACCAAGUCCAAGUGUCUCAUGAGAACUCUGGCCCAGUGCCGGGGGCCGCUCUCAGGACUCACGUCAACAUCCUUCCAGCGUCUUCACUGCCUGAGACAACAUCUUCUUCUCACUGUAGUUUCUUCACCCAGUGGCUCAUAGACCUGCUGAAGUAGACACCGGUCCAUAGCGUGAGGUCCCAGCUAACGUGUGUGUUGCAGUACCAGAGGUGGGUCUGGGUCUGCACACGAGUCAGGACCGACACAGAAUCGUUGGUCAAAGAAGGACUCGGGGGGGGGGGGGGGGGGUCUCAGACCGAUCCAGUGGAGGGCCUCGGUGGGUGCCCCUCAUCAGGAGGGGUGCGAGUGCUGGCGCCUGAUUGGUUCACCACUGUCAGCCUGAGACGCCUCACACCAACUGUCCUGCUCUGCCCCGCUCUGGACUCGGCCUGCACGAUAGAUCGUUAAAAAAAUUGCAAUUUCAAUUCACUCAUUUCGAUUCGUGUCUGAUUUAAUUUUCACUUUGAUUGGCAAUUCGCAGCCAGUGAGGAAGCGCCUCGUAGUCACGUGUUUCACUGUAGUGAUUGGAUUGCUCCCCGACAGGAUAGAAACUGAAGGAACAUGGAUGGCAAACCGGGAACUAGUUCAAGUUAUGAAGUAUGAGUAAAGUUAGCAUCCUGCAGCACAUGCAGAGGACAAUGCUGCGCAGGGAAGCGCCUUCAAAUGAAACACGCCAUCUAAAGCUCCAGCACUUGACGGAGCACAGAGAGUUUUCAGGCUCAUGAAAGUGAGAGCGCUGGUUCCUCAGCUGCUGUUGGCGCAGCCGUUGGCGCAGCCGUUAGCGCAGCUGACGCUUAGCAACACCCGCCGCUCCCAGCAUUCAGAAUGAUAAGAAAUAAUCAUUAAUUUCACAGAGCUCGAUGAGCAGCCGUUUGCUGCCAUUUUGGAGUCGGGUGCUGCGUUCGCCAGCCACUACGAGGUAAAAAAAUUGUGGCAGAGAAUCGUGAUAUCAAUUCUUCGUGAUUCCUAUUUCCCCUGAAUCGUGCAGGCCUAAUCCGUGCUCCCCACUCUGGCUAAUGUCUGGGUCUCGGUUGGUGUGGCCUUGACCACAGCACCAUGUGAGUGUGUCAUCAUGGUGUCAGAGUUCCCGGUCGCCGAGUAUAGAUCGCUUGUAACCUUUUAUUGUGAGCAGUCUGGCUGUCUUGUAUAGCUAUAUUUUAGUGUGAGGCCUGCCGUUUGACACGCGUCCUCCUUUGACUCGACAGAGAUGACUCGUGUCCGUGAGCCUGACUCUCUGAUGAUUAGUGUUAUGUCUUAUUACAAACCUUCAGUUUCCUGUUUUGUUUUUUCUUCAUUGUUCAUGUCGCACCACCGUUCCUGACCUGUCCCGGGUAGUCAACGACUUAUUGUAUCCAGUAGAGGGAUUUUUCCCAGCUAGGGGGCGCCGAAGAGCCAAGAGCCUGUUGUACAUCCUUCACAGUCCUCCUGGCCUGAUGGGGGCGCCGACAAUGCGACUCACACUUCACUACGUGUUGACAAAAACAACUAAAAAAGUAAAGAAGAAAGGUCGGGGCCCCUGUGCUGCGCUCAUGCUGCGGUGACCCCUGCUGUUUAUGUUCAGCUUUUAACUUCACCGUCUCCACCUAGUUUCCUUAGUACUUUUGAGGUACUGUGAUUAUGAUAGUGCUUUGUGAACAGUAUUUUCUAUUCAAUAAAGGCAUUUGAGAGAAGUGAUGUGAUGUUUUUAUGUGGGAUUGAUGAAACGGUGUCCUGAUCUUCAGAGGCUCUUGGUUUAGAAAUGAUGCGACCAUGUUCUUCUCAGUCCAGGACUUUCCUUUCACUUUGGAUGAUGCUCUUGUGGAUAGAAAUGUCUCAAGUGGAGAACUAGUUGCUUUAAAACGAGGCUUUGAAAUGACUUUUGAUCAGAACAGUAAGUUUAUUUUACAGCC